CCGGGCCUGGGGCGGUGCCUGGCAGCGCGGCGGGCUCAGUGGCGGGGGCGCAGUCGCCCGGGCGGCUGGCGGCGGGACGCACCGGGCCAGGGGCCUGAGAGGUACCCGCCAACGCCAUGGACCUGAUAUCAGCGCUGAGCCUGGGAGAGCUAGCGCUCAGCUUCUCACGGGUGCCGCUCUUCCCGGUUUUCGACCUUAGUUACUUCAUCGUCUCCAUCAUUUACCUGAAGUAUGAGCCAGGAGCUGUGGAGCUGUCCCGGCGCCACCCGGUGGCAUCCUGGCUGUGCGCCAUGCUGCACUGUUUUGGGAGUUACAUCCUGGCUGACUUGCUCCUCGGGGAGCCCAUCAUUGACUACUUCAGCAACAGCUCCAGCAUCCUGCUGGCCUCCGCGGUGUGGUACUUGAUUUUCUUCUGUCCCUUGGACCUCUUCUACAAAUGCGUCUGCUUCCUGCCUGUGAAACUCAUCUUUGUGGCCAUGAAGGAGGUGGUGAGGGUUCGGAAGAUUGCCGUGGGCAUCCACCAUGCACACCACCACUACCACCACGGGUGGUUCAUCAUGAUCGCCACUGGCUGGGUCAAAGGCUCUGGUGUUGCCCUCCUGUCCAACCUGGAGCAGCUGCUUCGAGGAGUCUGGAAACCGGAGACCAAUGAAAUCCUGCACAUGUCCUUCCCCACCAAAGCCAGCCUGUAUGGAGCUAUUCUGUUCACCCUGCAGCAGACGCGCUGGCUCCCCGUCUCCAAGGCCAGCCUCAUCUUCGUCUUCACCAUGUUCAUGGUGUCAUGUAAGGUGUUCCUGACGGCCACGCACUCCCACGGUUCUCCGUUUGAUGUCCUGGAGGGUUACAUCUGCCCGGUGCUGUUUGGGGCAGCUUGGGGAAGUGACCAUCACCAUGACAACCAUGGAGCACCACAUGGCGGAGGCUUAGGCACCCAGCACGCAGGCCUGCCUGCCAAGGCCAGGGAGGAGCUGAGUGAAGGCUCCAGGAAGAAGAAGACCAAGAAGGCCGAUUAAGGAGCAGCCCCAGGCAUCCACGGGAUGUUGGGGAGAAGGGUGUGGACUCAGGGAACCUCAGAACUUAGGGGCAUACAGAACUCAAGAGAUCCCCUCCACCAGCCUCUACUUCCCUAUCCACAGUUUGGAGCCAUCAGCUGCUCACAGGGCUGAUGCGGGGCUGAGAUGCGAGGGUAGAGGAGUUGGGUAGGGGUGAGAAGCCCUGCUUUCUGCUAGACCCUGUCAUGACAUCACAGCCUUCGGGGUCACGCAAUCUUCACGGUGCCAGCCGCCGAAGCCCUGGCCAGUAGACUCUUGGUUUUCUUUCUUUGUUCUUUCAAAAUAUAUCUUGUAACCAAAAAGCCA